AACAAAAGUUCGCAUUUCAAAAUGGAAAGUACAGAAGAAGAGGCCAAUAUUAUGAUAAGACAGAGAGGCUCACUGAAGAAUAUAUCCAACCCACAUAUAGUCUUUCAGCCGAAAACAAGGGUAGAAGGUGGGACUUAUGAAGGCCAGUACAAUACUAUAACUAAGCAAAAGCAUGGCAAAGGUAUCUUCUGCUGGGAUGACAAAGAAAAGUAUAUUGGAGAAUGGGUCAAUGGAAAGCCAGAAGGUGAGGGAGUCUUCUACUUCAACGAUGGCACUAAGUACCAAGGACAAUGGAAAGACGGUAAGAAGCAUGGCAAAGGUGUAUUUACUUGGAAGAAAGGAAAAACCUAUAUGGGCGAUUUCAAUGAAAAUAGAAGUACAGGCUUUGGUAAAUAAGACAUGGCCAGAUGGCAAAAUUUAUAAAGGAGAGUUCCUUGAUGGCAAAGAACAUGGUAAAGGAACCUUGUAUUGGCCUGACGGAGAGAAGUAUAUCGGUAAUUGGUUUAAAGGAAAGAUGCAUGGAAAUUUAAUACUAGUUAAGGCUAACGGUAAAAGAAAGAUGAAGAGGUUUGAGCAUGAUAAAGAGAUUAAAAAUUCAGGCAAAGACUAAUUUUGAGUUAGUUG